AGUUCCAGUCUUCUGGGAUGUGGUGAACAGCAGCUCCCUGUUCACUUGGUCCACACCCUGCAUGGUUUAUAGGCCUCCAUCAUAUCCCUGCCAUCUCCUUUCCAAACUAGAGUCCAAGACUCUACCACCUUUCCUGGAGAGGCAGAGACCAGAUGUGCGCACAGGUGUCGAGACACGGGCGCCCCAGGCUCUGCACAGCAGCGCAAUUUGGCCUCCCUUUUGUUUUCAGUUCCCUUCCCAACGGCGCAGGACGCAUUAGUGGCUUUUUUGGCAGCUGCUGCACGUGGAGCCGCCGUUCUCAGAGCUCUGCACUGAGAAAUCCUGGUGUUGGGCACAGGUGACCGGAUGGAGCAGGUGGACCCUGCCGUCCUGAGGGAGAUGCGGCAGCAGGGCAUUGCGGUGGAGGUGCAGGACACGCCCAACGCCUGCGCCACCUUCAACUUCCUGGUGAGUGAGAAUCGACUUGUGGCCGCUGGCCUCAUCCCUCCGCCCUCGGUCGGCAGGACCCUCCCCUUCACCCUGCCCAGCACUGCCAGCCUGCCAGACAGAGCUGCUGCUGGAGCAGGGGAGGGCGCCCCACAAUAAAGCACGUGCCGCAGA